AUGAAGAAAUGUUUGGAAGGCAAGGCUAGAUAUGAGAAACUAGAGUUAAAAAACUAUAAUAUUGCUAAUUAUGUUACAGGAUGUGAAGUAGGGAAAUACGGAUCUGGAAACUGUGACCAAACCUGUCCCUCCAGUUGUCGGGGCGGCCUGUGUAACCCCAGUUCUGGACAUUGUUUAGACUGCCAAGACGGUUACUACGGAAACAGAUGUGAAUCAGAAUGUUCAAAUACCUGUGGAAGUAAUGUAUGUGAUAAGGCUAGUGGAUAUUGUACAGACUGUCAAGACGGUUUUUACGGGUUGAGAUGCAGCAUUCAAUGUCCUGCUAACUGUAGCAGUAAUGUAUGUGGGAAGGAUCAUGGAUACUGUACAGACUGUAAGGACGGUUAUUACGGAAACCAAUGCCUAUCUCCAUGUCCUGGAUCUUGUGGUGGAAGUAAAGUUUGUAAUAAGGAUACUGGGAAUUGUAUAGACUGCCAAGACGGUUAUUUUGGAGAUAGAUGUCAAUAUCAAUGUCCUGUGUCUUGUGUAAAUAAAGUAUGUGAUAAAGAUACUGGAAAUUGUAUAGUGUGUCCAGAAGAUUGUAAUGUUGGUAAAUACGGUCCGACUUGUGCCAACUGUUCGGUUAAAUGCUCUGCGGCAAAAUGUGAUUUCGAUGGCCAAUGCACUGACGGAUGUGUUGACGGUAGAUAUGGAGACAGAUGUGAACUGCCUUGUUUGGGAAACUGCACAAGUUGUACCCGGGAUGGAGAACAGUGUUUAGGUUGCAUUGAUGGAAUGUUUGGUAGUUUCUGUUCACGGGAAUGUGGUCAGUGUGUUGGCCAGCGCUGUAAUAUAGACACAGGUCACUGUGAAACACCAUGUCAAAUGGGUUGGACUGGUCAACGGUGUGAAGUCAAAGGGACGGCUCAACACAGUGUGGACUGUUUUGCUACUCCUCAAUAG